AUGAACAUCUUAAGAAACGAAGUCAAGAGGGCUGAGGGCUAUCCUCUUUCCAUCAAGGAAAUUCUUGAGAGGAGUCCAGAUGCAGCGGGUUUUAUCAAUCUGUAUCUUAAGAGGAACCCAAACAAAAGACAUUUGGAGUUUUUAGACUUCUACGAUGACUUGGAUGUAUCAUCUCAAGUUUUACUUUAUGAGGACAAGAAAAAGAUGAUUAGAAGCGACCAGUUUGAGGAAGAAUGUUUGAUGAAAUAUUGUAUAGGACAAAAGUCGGAACUGUCUUAUGGCAUCAUAAAAACAGUAGGUAAUGGGGAAAUCCUGUUUCGGGUACUAGGAAUGAGCUUUCUGUCCACCAUCCUUGAUGAAGAGGACGACUUCUUCUUUACAAGAUGCAUUGUACUUGCACUGAAGACACACAAUAUAGAUUCCAAUGGGAUGAGUCUUUUAAUAACAGGAAUUGGGAAUCAUUUUAGUGAUGGGCGCAGAAAGUACUAUGAGCAUGGAGCAAUUGUUGCAAGCGUUUUGCUGAAUACAUGUGAAUUUGGAGUAGAAACUAUGGGAGAGACACAGAGGAUGAUUGAUGAUAUGCCAGACUCGGUGAUGAGAAAAGAGAAAAGGGAAAACUUUUCCAAUCCAAAUGAUGUUUUCAACUCUUAUAGAAAAGUAGAAAAUAAUCUCUCGGUACUUGAGACAAACUGGAAGCCGAAAUACCUUCAGGAGGCUCUCAAGGUGAUUUCUGAUGAGAAGGAUGCAGGAAAGGUUGAGAUGAGUUUCAAGUGCUUUCCAGAUCUGGUUCAAAGUUCAACAGAAAGAACACUUAGGCACAAAAGUAAAGAGGCUUUUGGAGUGCUUAUGAAUUACGAUGGAUGCGAGGAAUACAAAGUUGACGCCAUUUCUUCUCUUCUUCAGAAAUCAUCUAAAUUUAUUAUUGAUGAUGUUAUAGACGAUUUCUUCAAUGGAAGACUCUGUUUAAAGCAUAAGAUUAUUCUAACUUUCGCUUUCCGGAAGAUCAUUAAAGAAGGAUCUUAUGAUCAGGCCGUUUCUCUCCAUAGAAGCAUCAGAUUUAUGUUUGAGAGGACUCGGAAUGAGAUGCCUAAAGUAAUUGGAAGAGCACUUGAGUGCUUUGUGUUAGAAGGCAUAAAAAGAACUGGAGAAGAACUUGGGAGGACUCUUGGACCUGAAAUUGGAUUUUUGAAAUAUCAAGCUUACCCCUGA